UCCCGUUAGCGCACCUUCAAUCCGUCUUCUUUUGAUUCUUUUGAGUCUUUCAAGUGAAUUGUUACCUUCUUUGUGUCCAUUACCCACCGUCCAUUAUGCCUUCCAUCAACGGUAUCACCGCCAACAUCCUCACUCAUGACGGCCCGCUCGAGGAGUUCGAAACGGACGAGUUUCCGGGAGGAGUUAGCUGUUACAUCACUGCUCACAGGUUCUUAUCCAUUGUCAACAUGUGUACUCGCUCCUCUGACAUUCCCUCGCAGUGGUCAGCAGUUCUGGCUCAACUACAGCAUCGACCACCCGAUCCGAGCGAAGGCCUUGAGCGUUGAAUUCCAUGUCGACGGCAACAGGGUGGAUACACAGUUCCCGAUUGCAGCGGACGGUGAUGGGCCCCCGAAGGUGGGACCCGUGAAGUCGAGUAUCACAUCUCAGUAUGGAAAGGACGCGGCGGGGAAUGUCUACCGCCGGGACGUCUUCUUCACACUGGUUGAGAAAGACAAGAACUCCUCCUCACGACCGUCGAGUGCAGCCGGAAAGGAUUCACAAUUCGAGUCAGCUGGACUGAUCGAAUGCAAAGUUUUCAGGGCUGAGAAGACUGGGGAGUGGAGCGGAAUCAUCAAUCCGGACGAGAUCCCGGACCCGGUGUCGGUACGCCAAGUCUAUCGUCGGAAAGGCCUCUCUCACGGUGUCCGGAUGGGUGCUUGUAUCCCAGCGGCAAAGACGGUGCGGUACACCUUCAAGAAUCUGGACCCAGAGGAUGCUCCCUACGCAUUCUUCAGAUUCUACUACCGCUCCAAGAAGUUCUUCUGCAAGUUAGGCGGCAGUUGGUCCCUGACCAGACCCGGCUCGCCGAUACAGGGCAUUCCUCGACCCCCCAGCAGAGGCCUCAGCCGGAAGGUGUCGCUGUACCAGUCGUUGAGCAAAGGGAAGGAGUAUCUCGCUGAUAGACUGUCGUCCCGUCGAGCUGGCUCUCCUGACCCAUCCUCGCUGGCCGUGUCGACGACCAACAACAACCAUGAGAGCGACGAGGAAGAAAUCCACCGAUUGGAAGCGGAGCUGGGAAUGUGUCUCACCAAGGAUGUCGAUGAUGGUGCGAAACUCCGAAUGCUGCGAAAUAGGCUCAAGUCUCUGGGAACCUUGCCACCACCGUCGAGGGAGCCAGCGGAUCGGGUCAAGAAGUCGAAAGGAAAGGAGAUUGAGGUGCAUCCAGAUCGUGAAAUGCACUCGGGGCUGCAUGUGCACGAGCCAUCAUCGUCGGUCGAUAAAGACACGAAUAGCAGCAGCGAUGGGAGGAAUCUCGACGGUGUGAACCGCGUCAAAUCCCCGGUGCCUCGUUGAACGGGAACGUGGGAGGUGGGACGCGUAAGAGGUG